AUGGCGGCGAUCGACGUUGAGCCUCAAAAAAUGGAGACGCUAAUGCGCACCCUGAAGCUGUCGGGGCACGUCGGUUUCGACAGCCUGCCUGACCAGCUGGUGAACAAGAGCGUGCAGAAUGGAUUCGUAUUCAACAUCCUGUGCAUAGGUGAGACGGGGCUUGGUAAGUCAACCUUGAUGGACUCCCUGUUCAACACCAACUUUGAAUCAGUCCCGAGUCCCCACAACCUGCCUACAGUGAAGCUGAAGGCACACACAUAUGAGCUGCAGGAGAGUAGUGUUAGACUGAAGCUGACUAUCUGUGACACAGUGGGGUAUGGAGACCAAGUAAACAAGGAGGACAGUUUCAAAGCCGUGGUGGACUACAUUGAUGCGCAGUUUGAGGCAUACCUACAGGAGGAACUGAAGAUAAAACGAGCCCUGCCUCAAUACCAUGACAGCAGGCUGCAUGUCUGUCUGUACUUCAUUUGUCCUACUGGUCAUGGCCUCAAGUCCAUAGACUUGGUGUGCAUGAAGAAGUUGGACACGAAGGUGAACAUCAUCCCCAUCAUCGCGAAAGCUGACACCAUCUCCAAGACAGAGCUGCAGAAGUUCAAGUCUAAAAUAAUGCAAGAGCUGCAAGCGAACUCUGUGGAGAUCUACCAGUUCCCAGUGGAUGAUGAGUCAGUGACGGAGUGAACAGCGUGAUGAACUCACACAUUCCCUUCGCAGUGGUCGGUUCCACUGACUUCGUCAAGAUCGGGAACAAGACCGUGCGCGCCAGGCAGUACCCUUGGGGUACAGUGCAGGUUGAGAACGAGUCUCACUGCGACUUCGUGAAGCUGCGCGAGAUGUUGAUCCGCACGAACAUGGAGGACCUCCGCGAGAAGACCCACGCGCGACACUACGAGCUGUACCGCCGCCGCCGACUGCAGCAGAUGGGCUUCACAGACGUCGACGCAGAUAAUAAACCCGUAUCGUUCCAGCAAACGUUCGAGCAGAAACGCAGCGCCCACCUGGCGGAGCUGCAGCAGAAGGAAGACGAGAUGCGGCAGAUGUUCGUGCAGAGAGUCAAGGAGAAGGAAGCCGAGCUCAAGGAGGCCGAGAAAGAGUUGCACGCGAAAUUCGACAAACUGAAGAAGGAUCACACGGACGAGAAGAAGCGGCUGGAGGAGCUGCGCAAGAAGAUAGAGGACGACACCAUCGAGUUCAACCGACGCAAGCAACAAACUGCGCAGUCGCACCACACGCUCACACUCGGGAAGAGCAAGAAGAAGUAA